AGUAAAUCUUCCAUGAAAGGAAGGUUCCCCCAGUACAAGCAGCGCGGGGGUCCUCGACCCACAUAUAAAUAUGCUCAUGUGGCCUUUAUCCUCUCUGUCAUACCCACUAGCCUCCACCUCUAGCUGCCACUGCGAACGCGUACACACUUCAAUUUUCAAGUGAACCCCUGCUGGAUCAGAUGAACCACGCACGCACUUCUUCGCAUCCUUCCUCGUCGUACUUGUCCGUUGGAAACAACAACGGAUUGAUUCCGAAUCCUGGAAUGUAUAUGGGCCGGACGUACUGGACCCAGCCCGCAUACACCCCUCAACCCAGCAAUACCACAGCGCAAGGGAACGACCCCUACGGCUUCCCGCCUAACAUGGUGCCUGUCGCCGCUCCCUCAUAUGUCCCAGUCGUGUCGUCCUCAGGCGUGGGUGUUGGAAAUGCGCAUAAUUCGUUCCAAGCCCCACGGAGUUUUCCUAAUCCUCCCGCAUGCGUUCGGUCUUUUAUUGAUCAAGGAACACCUUAUGUAGCUUCGCGUCGCUUACAACACGCUACUGCGCCUGCUCAGUACAAUCAAGCUCCCUUCUCCUCAGGAGGCUUUGCCGGAGUUUUGCCCCGUUACCCGGUCCAGGCGUUGUACCAACAGAACAUGCCUCCGCCAAUAUCUCAGCAUGCAUACCUCCAGCCUUACGGUACCGAGCUCACAAUGGGCUCUGCUUCCUCCUCUCUGCUUCAAGCAACUGCGUCGUCGGCGUUGGCCAGGCAAAAGCGUGUCGCGGAAGACCUUGGGGACUGCGAAACAAGAAAGAGAAGCAAGCAUGAAGAACGUAUAUUGGACGACCCCGAAUGUGUGCCAAGGCCAGACAAGGAUGGUCAUGCACAAAUCAAACGCCUGAGGUGUGACCAAGAAAUGACCCCUGACAGCCAUCGCAAGCACAUCGAGACGUUAAGGCAUCAGGGCCUCACAGAAGGAGAGCUUAUCUGCGAUUGUGGCAAACCGUAUAACAGGGUAGAUGCCCUGGAGGGGCACUGGAGGGAUUCGGCCUGUGGAAGGAAGCGCAAGAUGCGCAAACAGCCCUCCUCCUCAACCCCUAGUCAAGGCUCGAUGAGUUCUGCUUCGCCUGUGGCAAUCCCUAGAGGGCCCUUCACCUUCCGCGCUCCCGCAACCGCCGCGUCAAUGACUAGUGACCUAACGCCGUCAAAAAUCCUCGAGAACAUGCACAUCUUGCCCCAAGCAAUUGAGCUUACGCCGUCGCAGAAAACGAUCGCUCCCGCAGAUCUCUUCCUGCCCGCUACCGCGAACGGACCCUUACUGCCCGCCCCUGUGGAAAGUGUAGACCCUGCUGUGUCAGCCCUGUUCGGGGAGUGGGCAUCAGCGGAGCUAAAGCAAUUCCCGCCUCAAGCGAUUGAGGUCCCGAGGUCGCAGGAAACGGACGUUAUUGCGGACCCCUUCUGGGCAGCUGUAUCCCCUGAUCAGGUGGCCGAGUUGAUGCAAUUCUUCGAUUUUGACAGUUUUCCAUCUGAAGAACUCCCUCAGAACUAGCAUCUCUCUCUUUCUGCUCCCCAUCCACGAUGGGAUAUGGUGUUCGUUUCAUAUUUUACUUGCGUUAUUGACUAUCCGCUUUAUGUUUUGAUGUAUGCUGAGCACUCAUCGAUGCACAGUGAUACUAUCUCACUUUCCACAAACUACACCCAUUCACUUUGUACUCCAUCAUAUAUGGCAUAUCGCAUUCCCCCACACAUCCACUUUGUAUUCUAUGGCAUAACGCACUACUCUUCGUUCUUUAUUAUGGUCAUUUAUUGGAUACACCUUCAUUAUGCAUGCUGGAAUAACGCUUAGGGAAGGACAUAAGCGAGG